AUGGGCAGUGGACAGAGCACGCCCUUGAGUGACUGCCUCAACGCCGUUUGCGAUGGUCGGAGUAGCUGUGUGGCAUAUCCAGACAACCCGCUUUACCAGAUAUCGUGGGUCAAUCGGUACAAUCUCGACAUCCCCGUCACCCCCGUUGCCGUCACCAGACCAGAGACCACCGACGAUGUUUCAGGGUUCGUGAAAUGUGCCGUUUCCAACAACGUCAAGGUGCAAGCAAAGUCUGGAGGGCACUCAUAUGCGAAUUUCGGUGUCGGAGGCACAGACGGCGAGUUGGUCAUUGACUUGCAAAACUUUCAACAGUUCUCCAUGGACACCACCACUUGGCAAGCGACCAUCGGAGGAGGGAUGAGACUCAGCGAUGUGACGGAUAAACUUCACAACAACGGGAAGAGAGCCAUGGCACAUGGCACCUGUCCGGGAGUCGGAAUAGGAGGCCAUGCGACUAUUGGUGGCUUGGGUCCUUCGUCUCGGAUGUGGGGAUCAUGUUUGGAUCAUGUUCUGGAAGUUGAAGUCGUCACUGCGGAUGGGACCAUUCAACGCGCCAGCGAGAUUGAGAACUCUGACUUGUUCUUCGCAUUGAAAGGCGCAGGCGCAGGAUUCGGCGUCAUCACCGAGUUCGUCAUGAAGACGCAUCCUGAGCCCGGCGAUGUCGUGCAGUAUUCUUACUCAUCCACCUUCGGGAAGCAUGCGGAUAUGGUCGAUGUGUUUGACCAGUGGCAGACACUUGUCUCCGAUCCCGAACUCGACCGACGGUUUGGCACCGAGUUUGUCAUGCACGAACUCGGCGUCGUCAUCACCGCCACCUUCUACGGCACCGAAGAAGAGUUUGACGCGACGGGGAUUCCAGACAAGAUUCCUACGGGCAAGGUGUCCGUCGUGGUCGACGAUUGGCUGGCCGUCAUCGCCCAGCAGGCCGAAGAUGCUGCACUCUACAUUUCGGAAAUUCGGAGCGCUUUCACUGCCAGAAGCCUUGCGUUCAAAAGUGAUGAGCUUCUCUCCAAGGAUUCCAUCACUGACCUCAUGAACUACGUCGACGAUACGGAACGUGGCACGCUCUUAUGGUUCCUGAUAUUCGACGCCACGGGCGGGGCUAUCAGUGAUAUCGCUCAGAAUGCAACCGCAUACUCACAUCGCGACAAGAUCAUGUUUUGUCAGGGUUACGGCGUCGGUGUUCCCACCCUCACCCAGACCACCAAGGACUUCAUAAACGGCAUCAUCUCAACGAUUCAGGGGACUGUACCGCAGACUCUGACGACUUAUCCGGGCUAUGUCGACCCGGUCUUGACCAAUGCGCAGGGAUCAUACUGGGGCCCCAAUCUCGACACGCUCGGCGAGAUCAAGUCGAAGUGGGAUCCAAGCGAUUUGUUUCAUAAUCCACAAAGUGUUGCACCGUCGACACUCGAUGCAGGUCAGACUUCACACGCACACCGUAGGAGAACAUUGCCGCUGAUGUGGAAUCAUGGGCACUGA